AUGGACGAGGUUGCAAUUACUCCGGAACCCAUUAGGAAGAGCGCCAGAAUCGGUAACAAGUGUGACCGGAAAUCGGUGGAGACGAUAUCGUUCCCGACGUCCGGAAUCGAGCGUUUACCGGUGGAAAUCAUUUUCGAAAUUCUUUCUUAUCUCUCCAACGAGGACCUUUACGCGGUCAGUCAUGUGUCCAAGCUCUUCAAGAUACUUGCUCAUGAUCCCUUUCUAUGGAGAACUUACGAGGUGACGAACAACGGGCAAGAUACAUCCGAGGUGAUCAAGGAGUUGAAGAGGAUGCCGUUGCUGAAGAAAUUCAGCAUAAGCGCCAGAUCGGACUGCGACGACAUACUGCGUCAUGUAUCGUUGUCGAACAAAAGCCUGGAAGAACUGCACGUUUCUAACUGUACAGGUUCCACCUCGAAAUUGUAUCUAUGCUCGGGCCACCUGAUCCGGGUACUGGAGAGGUGCCGUAAGUUGCACACGAUCAAUAUACUCGGGAGCAGAUUCCGAGGUCGUAAGUUCUAUCGUCUAUUGGGCGACAUGGGUCCACGGCUUAGGACCGUCUACGCUCCAGCCACCAGAUCGCAGUUCUGCACGUUCAUCAAGCACGCCCGGCUGAUCAGCGAGAUCGAUCGCGAGAGGAUCUGUUCGAUGUAUAUCGGGGCGAAGAGUUGGGCGCCUUUGUACUACUUCGUCACUAAACAGGCUAAUCGUGUGUGCACGGCCCUGAUCAGCUACCUACACAAUGACAUUCUGCUGAUCGACGUGAAUAGACCGAUUCAUAAGCUGUCGAUCACUGAGAGAAGAGACCUCUGA